UUCAUAAAAUUCAUGAUUAGUUUAAUCUAUUACUGUAUCUGUAUUUAAAGGCGUAUUUCAUCAUAUCACGUUCACCGGAAGUGUGGUAUUAUUUUGAAGUCAAUUUGUACAGCUCGUACCGUAAUGCCUAGUAUAUACGUGUCGUGAAAAAAACCGUGCGGGCUGACUUGACUGUGUUUUUCGAAGUGGAGGCCGGCUUGACCGCAGUGUUUCACUGACCCCGCCCACCACCAUGUCACACAGGGUGCUCAGCUUCGGGAUUGUGCUCUUGGCCAUCGGGGAGCGCGCAGAGCAGAGAGGAUACAUCAGAGGUUAUUAGCUUCAACUCCUCGCUGGCCGAGAAGGCACCUGUCUGCUCUUUUUCCAGGUCGUCAGUGCGCCAACAGACUGAGGGAUUGAGGACGGUUCAUACAGAAAUAAGUGUGUUCGCCGUAUAAUGCGCAAAAUGUUGGGAUUUGUUUUCAUUUGGUUUGCCGGGGAUCUUCAACUCGUCCUAAAUACACCGACUCUUGGAUCUAAAAAUAAUCCCAGACUUUUGAGAAAAGGUAUAACGUUCACUUGCCACUUUUUCAUACGACUGCAAUGUUACAGAUGUAUUCAGAAAAAAUCAUUGUCUCAAAUCAGUGUAGAUGGUUAGAAGAGUCAGAUACAGAGUUAAUCCUCAAAUCCUUCUUAAACCCACUAAGAGUAAGAUUUAGUUCAAUUUAGAUCACCCAACUUUACUCUCCAAAGGGAAUAUAACCAGAUCAGAGGAGAGUAGGUACAACGUUUGAUGUCAGUGCACAAUGAUAUAGUCAUUUAUAUGAGUCUGAACCUUCACAUCCCUCCAUGUCAUAGUCUAUAAGUAAGAUAUGAUAAUGUGAUGCAUUACUCCCUCAGAUGUAAACAGUGGUGGAUUUGAAUACCAAGUCUGCCAGAAUCACAGCGUGUUCUUCUGUGACUCUGAGCAGAUAUAUGUCGGAGGGACAGAUUUUGUGCUGAAACUUGAUGUGGAUGACUAUCAUGUUAUAGAGGUGGGUGUUUCUGAACUUACAUUUUUAAAUGGAUCUUUGUCUUUUGUUUAUUUAAUCACCUGCAGUACAUUUACUUCCUGUAUACUCUUUUAAUAUAAUAUGUAUCUGCUCCCAGCUUGGUCUUGGUGUGUGUGGUUAAUGACGGUGAAGUUGGUGCGUGAUGCAGCAGCUGAGGACAUAAUUAAACGCUUUAGCAGAUGGUUGUCACACACCCAUUGUUACAGGAGUCUGUCUGGCAGCGCCCACUGACAGAUGUGGCCUUUCAAAGCCAGCUCUAACAUGCAGCUUUAAGUCAGAAGGAGCUGCUGAUGGAUGACACAAACAGACGCUGAUGACUUAUAAAAGUUUAUGUUAUAAUCCAGAAAAGUCAGAUAACAAGUCUGUUAAUUAUUCAGUAAGAAUUAAUUAAUAAUGGGCUGAUGGUUGUUGAAUGUCUUCCAGAAAACUAAAGCAGAAGUGAUUUGUUUCUGACCAUGAGACAGAUACAGUAUAGCUUCAUUUUACGCUAACGUAUCUUUGCCAGAAGCAGCCGAAGCUACUGAGGAAGUAAACAUUAGUUUGAUUGAUUUUUGCUAUACAUAAAGAAAAACGAACAUGUGUUUCAGAUUUUUUAGUUUUUUUACCCAUCAUCCAGCAAUUUAAAACAUGUCAUCUCCCCAAAUAUUUGUGCAACUUUCAUGCUUUAACAAUAAGUACACGAUACAGGGAUGUUGGAAAUGCCAUUUUUCUCUUCAUAAUGUCUCAUUCAAAACAAUCCUCAAGUGAAAACGUUGGGAAUUUGUCCAUCAAUGUCUCCCUGACAGAAAUUUCCUUUGAAAAUCCCGGAGGAACAACAGUGCCAAGAGGGCCGAUGUGAAAAUGUCAUCACUGUGAUCGAGCAGUUUCAGGACAGCCUGUUUGUCUGCGGAACAAAUGGACACAAACCGCAGUGUUGGAAGCUUGUGAGUGUUUGCAUGAAUCACUCAAUAUGUUCCAGUUUUCUUCAGUGAACAACCAGUCUCAUAAAAUAGAGGAGAGUUAUGAGGGGACAGGCAUCUCUCCAUUUGUUUACACACACAACUCGGUCUCCCUCACAGCAGAGGGGGAUCUAUAUUCGGCGGCGCCUUUGGAUACUGAUGGAGGUUCAUUACAAUUCAGAAGGAAAGCUGGCAAUAGAACUAAUGUCUGGAUGUAUGACAGCUGGGUCUCAGAGCCCACGUUCAUCUCUGUUUCCUGGGUGAAGCGGAGGGAAGACCCCGACAACGAGAAGAUCUACAUCUUUUUCCGUGAAAAGAACUCCGAUCAGAAUCCGGAGGCUGACCCCUGGAUAUCGAGGGUUGCCAGAGUGUGUAAGGUAGAUGAAGGUGGAUCAAAACGAUUCUUCCAGAACAUGUGGACAUCUUUCCUCAAGGCCCGGCUUGUCUGUGGGUUUCCGGAAGAGUCGCUCUAUUUCAACCGUCUCCAAGACAUUUAUGUGAUGCAUGCUGAGGACUGGAAAGACACCCGGGUUUAUGCUCUUUUCACGCUUUUCACAAGCAGCUGGAACUCCACAGCAGUGUGCAUCUAUUCAAUAGGAAUGAUUGAGGAAUUAUUUGAGAACUCGACUUUCAAGGGCUACAACAAAGACGUCCCAAAACCAAGGCCAGGAACGUGUGUAAAAAACAGCAGGACCCUGCCACUGGCCACUGUCAAUAUGGUCAAGGAUUACCCAGAAAUGACUGACUGGGUUCACUCCAUGCAUUAUAGAGCUCCAUUUUAUAUAAGCAGCAACAACUACACCAAGCUAGUUGUGGACCGCGUCCAGGCAGCAGACCAGCACAUGUAUAACGUUCUGCUUCUGGCUACUGAUUCUGGGACAAUCCAUAAAGUGUUGGAGUCGAGGUCAAAACCUUUCAUCAUCUCUGAAACACAACUCUCCAGCCGUUCAACCAUCAAAUCAAUGAAGCUUGUAUCCACAAAGAAAAAGUUAGUGGUUGGCUUUCCAGAGAAAGUUUCGAUCAUGGACCUCCAGAGGUGUCAUGAGUACAACAAGUCCUGUGCAGAUUGUGUCCUGGCCCGGGACCCGUACUGUGCCUGGGCAACAUUGGGAUGCACUCCAACUUUCCUUGGCGGCAUUCAAAAUAUCAUUGAUGGGAACACAAGUCAAUGUCCAUCAGUAGAAGAAGAAAAACUCGUAAACCGGACCAAACGGGAGACAGCUUCACCAUCACCAGAGGAUUUGUGGACAGUCCACUCGGUCCCCCCGACUGUCCCUUUCUAUCUGUCAUGCCCUAUAGACUCCUACCAUGCUGUCUACACCUGGGAGCAUGAAGACCAGAGCAGCCCUUGUCUCCAAAUGCAGUCUAACUGCCUGCACCUCAUCCCGGCCAUGGCACACGAGAACUAUGGCGGCUACGAGUGUGUUUCCAAAGAGAAAGACUACAGAAAAGUGGUGAAAUCGUAUCAUCUUACAGAGCAAAUUAUUCAAGAUACAAAUGAAAACACUGAGAGGAUGAAUUAUGCAUCAGCUGCCAUGCCACAGAAGGCAUGGAUCACCCUUGGACUUGCUGUGUUGGGGAUUUUCAGUUAGGAUUUGCAAAAAUGACUAUUUAAACUUCACACUCCCUUGCUUUUGAUAAUCGUUUGAGUUGGUCCAGUAGUCGUGUAUGAAAAUGUGGCAUAAACAUCCUCAGGCCCUUUGUCCUAGUCAUUACUCUCAGGCCAGGACACAGGCAGCAUUAGAGGAAAUCCACCAAAGCUGGCAACAAAUAGCAGAUAUACAAACCGUUUUCGUGCAAGCGGACAUGUAGUUAGGUCUCAAGUCUACAGGAACAUGCUGUAGCCACGUUUAUUUUCCAAAGAGAAGCCAGAACCGUGUCAGGUUGUGUGAUGGAGGGAGAACGCAGCACAACCGGUCAGCAGCAGACAGAGCACAGCUCGAAUGACCUGAGGGGCCCUCAAUGUGCCUCAUCAUGUUCGUUUGGAUCAGCUGAUGAUCAGUCUAUUACCUCGACAUCCUUCAUGAACUACUGCUAUGUUUCAUUGACUGAGUACUUUGUUCAUUUUCUUUUGUCUAAGACAAGGAAAAAAGGGAAGCUGUAAAAAGUAAUCUGAAGGAAUUCCUUUUAAAAAGAGUUUUGUCCAAACUAAAGCACACCUUUAAGGAGUAGUGAUCAUGAGAGCCUCAUACAGCCUGUGCACAGUGUGUGCACGUUGAGGAAAGCUCUUUGAUCUAUUUGAGGGCAAAACGUUUCUUUUAAGUUCCUGUAUGAAUUCCCUCUGCUGCGGAAGGGUGGAGUCUCCGGGGACCCUCUCUGAAUUUCCCUGUUUUGUUCAGCGAGUGAACAAAACAUGUUUUUCAGCCGAGCAGACAAGGCCUGCCUUAUAAAGAAAGUGGUACCGUGUUACAUUUACUAAUGCAUUUUUGGUAUGCAUUUUUUUGAUUUUGCAUCGACGUCCAAAAUUACAUCAAUAUUAGUUGCAGUGUGAGCAAUGAACAUAUUAGUCCCACAGGCCACUUGACCUAGAACAGAUUUGAGAAGGUUGAAGAUGAUUUUGUCUCUACAGAGUGUGCACAUAUCUUAUUAUUUAUUGUUUUGGUGUUUUGGUACAAUCUUUUGUCCUUCACACUGGAGUGUUUUAUACGUGCAAGCAAUAUGUGUCCUUAUAAUUUCAGAAAUAGUAUAUUUUUGCAUAAUAUUAGUUUGAAAGGGCUACCUGAAGAAUGUAAGUGAUUAUUAUUAAUUUCCUGCUCAUUGAAAUAAUAAAAGGGUGUUCACAAGGAGUUGUAUAGCCAUCGCUCUCUUAGAUCCACUCAUAAGUGGUUUUAAGAGAAUGGUUUAUACGUCAUGCCAUCAUCAGACUUGACACACAAUAAACCACUUGCAGCCUGAUCAGAGUAACAACAACCAAGGAUCUUCAGCUUAAGCUUAUUCCUGGACCCACAAUCUCAGCGAAUGGUCUCAGCCCUGCUAAUGACAUCAAUCGUGCGAGUACAUCUUGUUUAGGAAAAUAAAUCACAAUUACACUUCA